AUAUUUAAAAAAACAUGUCAUUUAAUUUUCUGUCGAGAUAUAACAGAUAGGCACAACCAAUCGGAUACACUAUAAAGAUGUUUUAAAAAAUUAAGUCAUGAUGAAUAUUGGCCAGAUCCCAUAAGACCUGCACCAAACUUUUCAAAUCCUUUUAUCAGUAACUAAGACGAAAAAAUGAAGAGAUGGAUCACUAAGAUGUACUCUUAUUUGAUUUGUCUCCUCUUACUAUUGCAACAUGUUAAUUCUGCAAACACUAUCAUUUAUGGCUUGGAACAAGAGGUGAAGAGAUCAGAAUUCCCAGAUGGUUUUCUUUUUGGAACUUCAACUUCUGCCUAUCAAAUUGAAGGAGCAUACACUGAAGAUGGAAGAAGUCUUAGCAACUGGGAUGCAUAUUGCAGUAUCAAUGGUAGAAUACCCAAUGGAGGAAGUGGGAACAUAGCUGACGACCAUUACCAUCGUUAUUUGGAAGACAUUGAUACAAUGGCCUCUCUUGGAGCAAAUGCUUAUCGAUUCUCCAUUUCCUGGAGUAGAAUUUUACCUAGAGGAAAGUUUUGGCCUGUGAAUCCUGUUGGAAUCAAGUUUUACAAUAAUAUCAUUGAUAGUCUCUUACUCAAAGGAAUAACACCAUUUGUGACGAUCCACCAUUAUGACUAUCCUCAGGAAUUUGAGGACAGAUUUGGGGCCUGGCUCAGUCCUCUAAUGCAGGAAGAGUUUGUUCACUUUGAUGAAACAUGUUUUAAGAGUUUUGGGGACAGAGUGAAAUAUUGGGCCACUAUGAAUGAGCCUAAUUUAUAUAUGGAAAUGGCCUAUUUGAAAGGUGUAUUCCCACCUUCACAUUGUUCUACCCCUUUUGGGGAAUGCUCUUCUGGUAAUUCAGACAUUGAGCCUCUACUUGCUGUCCAUAACUCAAUUUUGGCCCAUGCCAAGGCUGUCAAUCUCUAUCGUCACCAAUUUCAGGCAAAACCAGGCGGAAUGAUAGGAAUAGUGGCGAGUGCUUACAUGUAUAAGCCAAUGACGGAUAAUGAGGCUGACAGGAAAGCUGCAAACAGGGCUUUGGCUUUUCAUGUGGCCUGGCUUCUAGACCCUCUAGUACAUGGAGAUUAUCCAAUAGAAAUGCGACAGUACCAUGGGAGAAAAUUACCAAGAUUCAGCUCUGAAGAAGCAAUACUUAUAAAGAAUAGCACCGAUUUCAUAGGGCUUAAUCAUUAUACAACAUGCUUUGCUAAAGAUUGCCUUCAUUCUAAUUGCGCAUGCAUGGACAGUGAUGUUCUUUGUACACAUGGUGAAAAUCGUGCUAUUCGUGGAUUUGUGCUCGUCACUGGACAAAAAAAUGGUGCCUACAUCGGAGAUCAAAUGGGAAUGCCUGGAUCGUAUGUUGUUCCACAAGGCAUGGAAGAGAUUGUUGAUUAUGUAAAGAAGAGAUAUAAUAACAUGCCUAUAUUUGUGACUGAAAAUGGGUACGCUUCAAAUGAGAAUAAAGAAGAAGGAUAUGACUUGGACCAAGACAUGAAGCGAAUUAAAUAUCACAAAGCAUACUUAGCAUCUUUGGCUCGAUCAAUCAGGAAUGGUGCUGAUGUGCGUGGUUAUUUCAUUUGGAGCUUGAUGGAUAAUUUCGAGUGGAGAUUUGGUUACACUGUCAAAUUUGGGCUUUAUCAUGUGGAUCCUCUUACGUUGGAUCGAAGCCCAAAACUGUCGGCCCAGUGGUAUAGAGAUUUUCUCACUAACAGCAGCCUCAACAAUAUACAAGCAAAGAGCUCAACAUAAAACAAUUUAUUAGACUCACAUCAAGUGUUAAUGAUCGAUGAGAGCUGAUCUGUACGAUUGAGAAACUCCAAAUUUUGAUCUGUACGAUUGAGAAACUCCAAAAUUUAUGUGUACUGAAUGUCACAUAAUGGUUAAUUAAUGGCAUGUGUAAUUAAGUCA